GCUAAUGUUUCACUGCAGGAACUGUUAGAAGGCAUGUGUGAAAUGGAAUGUCGCCUUUCGAUUUUUUCGCUGGAGCGCAGGCACCGUUCGUCCCGUGCACGACGUGAUCGGCCGAGUGGUGUUCGCGGUGUGGUGGCUGGCAGUGCUGGUGCUGAUGAACUCGUUCCAAGGCACCAUGAAAGCCAGCAUGAGCGUCAAGACGCCAACCGAGCGCCUUGAGACCUUCCGUGACCUGGCCGAGAGGCCGCACCUCAGGCCCAUCAUCAUACGGGGAACAACGUUCGUACACCAGUUCCAGGUGUCACCGGAGUGGGAGCUGCAGACGAUUCUGGCCAUGGCGCGCCGUCACCGGUCAAUCCUACCCGCCUCCGUGGUCUUCACACGCGAAACCUUUGACGAGAUGAUCGCUAAGCACGCCAUCAUCUUCAUGGAGGACAACGUGAUGCAGAGCUACAUCGCGGCUCUCUACCCCGAUAAACCAGGAUUGGGCACCAUCUACCCUUCCAAACAGCACACCAUAUCGGCCCAGUUCUGCAUGUUCAUGCGAAAGUCCCUGGAACCAAGGAUCGUGAAACUUUUGCACACAAGGUGCCGCUGGAUGCACGAGUCUGGACUUACGGAACGGAAACGGCUGCAGCUCCAGCCUCAUUCCUGGUAUCUCUCACGGCCUGACUCGUCGCAAGUUCAUUCGCUCUCGGCUGAAGACACUGCAGCCCUGUUCUACAUGGUUCUACUAGGACAGGUCAUCACACUCAUAGUUUUUCUCGGUGAACUACUCGCACACCGCUUCACCUCGAAAAACAGCUUGAUAUAAAGCUUGUGGCACAGAGGCUUCGUUGUGCCAAUGCCUGAUGAUUUACCAGGCGAUGACGAAGAGGUUUGGGCAUUCUGUGUAACGCGGCCCUAUUUUUGGCUUGUCUUGAAUACACUGUCGGUCCGACAGCGAAGUUUCAAUGGCGCAUAAGAAG